CACACACACUCACACACACAACCGCUACAGCGGAAGUCUUUUUUUCAGUUCUGUCUUCCCUUCCAUAGCAGCACAAUUGCACCUUAUAGUUAAACAGUACAUCUGAAGGUGAUGUCUCUCUGUUCGGACGAGAGAGAAGACGGAGAGAGCACCUCCGACUCCUCAAAGACUAAAACAGACCGUUAUGGAUUCCUACUUGUUAACGGAGACACAAAUAAUGACAGCAGUGAUGACCCCUGUCCCGAGUUGGUGAGACACCGUGAAAUGAAAUGGAUCACCCUUAUGAACCAGUGGGAUCAGGUGCUAGAGAAGAAGCACAGUAAGAUCAAAGCUAAGUGUCAGAAGGGCAUCCCAGCGUCUGUCAGGGCCAGGUGCUGGCCCCUGCUGUGUGGAGCGAAACAGAGGAAAGAGAAUAACAAAGAUCUCUACAAAACUCUGGAGUUGUCCCCGGGUCAGCAAAGCUGGAUUGAUGUCAUCAAGAGAGACACAGACAGGCAGUUUCCCUUCCACGAGAUGUUUCAAUCCAAAGACAGCCAUGGCCAGCAGGGCUUGUUGCAGGUUCUGAAGGCGUACACUCAAUUUCGGCCUGAUGAGGGGUACUGCCAGGCGCAGGGUCCCGUGGCAGCAGUGCUACUAAUGAACAUGCCCAUGGAGGAAGCGUUCUGGUGUUUGGUACAGAUCAGCGAACUCUACCUCCCUGGCUACUACAGCCCCCUGCUGGAAGGAGUUUUGUUCGAUGCUGCGAUUCUCUUUAGCGUGCUAAAAAGGACGUGUCCAGCUGCAUACAAACACAUGCAGAGACAGGGGGUGGAGCCUCUUAUGUUUGCCACUGAUUGGCUGAUGUGUCUGUAUAGCCGCCACCUGCCCUUCAACACUUUACUCCGUGUCUGGGACCUCUUCUUCUGCAAUGGUGUACGCGUGCUGUUUCAGGUGGCUGUGGUUUUAGUGCGACGGUGCUUAGGAGAGGCUCGACAACGAAAAGAGUGUGAGGGCCAGAUGGAGACUCUGGAGAGACUGCGGUCAGUUAGGGGGCGUGUCCAACAUGAACAAGCCGACGCCUUUAUUCAAGAGGUGUGUUCGGUACCUCUGUCCUUGGCAGAGCUCCAGCGACAAACUGAAAAGGAGUUAGAGAAAUGGAGGAAAGAGCACCCGGGCUCGACCUUUGACCCUCGAGAUCGUUGCCAUGGAUGCCAUAUGAUAUGGGAGAAAGGGAAGGAAAAGGAGAAGGAGAACGAAAAGAAGGAGAGACAGAGCGGGAACCUGAGUGUUCCUCUGAUGCGUUCGCAUUCGUCUCUCUCUCCGGCAAUCCUUCGUAAAAAAUGGAGGAAGAGAGGGAGUAAAGCAGAGACUGAGGAGUGGGAGGGACGAGGGUUCUCAAAACAGGACAGUGACGAUGAAGAGAAAAGGAGGGCGAGCGUGUGUGGUGUAGCCGGAGAGCUACGGACGAAGACAGAGAAGACACCACAGGAGUUCAGUACACCUUCAAAGAAAGACCGUAACACACAUCGUAUAUCAGAUACGGAAACACAGCGGAGUUCUGAAUCGUCAGAUCACAGUGCCACUGUGUUUGAGGAGGAUGAGAAUGAUGCACCUGUCACCGCCAUCCCAUCACACACAGACAGUGGUAUACCUGAAGAAGAAACAAGGCCACCUUCCAGCCAGAAAGAAGAUGAUCUACAAACAGGUAACUGUCAACAGGAAAUAGAAAAACAGCAUGGCAAAAAGAAAGUACAGACUCCCAGAGAUGACCAGGACGAAGAAAUUUCAACACAUCAAGACCAGCCGGAGGCUGAAACACAACAAGAGGAAUCACAACCUUCCCAACUAGAGGAGGAAGAGGAAACAAGAAACAAACUUGAAGAGGAAACACAGGAAAACAGAAGUAAACAGGAAGAGAAAACUGAAAUUAAGACCUGUAAACCUGAAGAGGAGGUACAACUUAAUAUCAGCACACAAGAAGAGGAAGUGAAUAUCACUCAACAGGAAGUGGAAGUCGAGGUAAAUACUGACACACAGGGACAGGAAAUAUAUACCUGUACUUGUGAACAGGAGCAGGAAAAUGGAAUGAACAGUAAACUUGAAGAGGAAAUGCAGAUGGAUAGUAGUAAACAGGAAGAGGAAAUAGGGACAAAUAGCCAAAAACAAGAAGAAGAAAUACAGAUGGGCAGCACUGAAGAGGAAGUAAGCAACGAACAGGAAGUGGAAAUACCGGAAGAAAAGGAAAUAACGGCAAACAGCAGUGAACAGGAAGUGGAAAUACCAGAAGAAAAGGAAAUAAAGGCAAACAGCAGUGAACAGGAAGUGGAAAUACAGGAAGAAAAGGAAAUAAAGGCAAACAGCAGCGAACAGGAAGUGGAAAUACAGGAAGACAAGGAAAUAAAGGCAAACAGCAGUGAACAGGAAGUGGAAAUACAGGAAGAAAAGGAAAUAAAGGCAAACAGCAGCGAACAGGAGGUAGAAAUACAGGAAGAAAAGGAAAUAAAGGCAAACAGCAUCGAACAGGAAGUGGAAAUACAGGAAGAAAAGGAAAUAAAGGCAAACAGCAGUGAACAGGAAGUGGAAAUACAGGAAGAAAAGCAAAUAAAGGCAAACAGCAGUGAACAGGAAGUGGAAAUACAGGAAGAAAAGGAAAUAAAGGCAAACAGCAGCAAGCAGGAGGUAGAAAUACAGGAAGAAAAGCAAAUAAAGGCAAACAGCAGUGAACAGGAAGUGGAAAUACAGGAAGAAAAGGAAAUAAAGGCAAACAGCAGCAAGCAGGAGGUAGAAAUACAGGAGGAAGACAAACAAGCAAAUAGUGAUAAUGAAGAAGAGAAGCUCAAAACAUGUCUCAUACACGAAGAAGACGUCCCUAAAGAUGAGCAGCAGCAACAGGAAGACAGCGAACAGAAAAACGAAGUACAACGAAGUUUGGAAACGGAUGAAGAAAUGCAUUCAAAUGUGCAAACUCCGAAAGAGCAGAAGGAUGCAGAGGAACAAGCACCCUCUGUUCAAGAGGAAGAUCAUGUGAAAGGUGAACGCUGUGAAAGCGGAAACAAUACCGAUGAAGAAAGGACACAGCAAGAGCAGGAAGGUGAGAGAGAGCAUUCAGAAGAGAUAGAGAAGGAGGCACAGAUUAGUGACGCACCAGGGGAGGAAACCGUCCUGGACGAAGAAAAGAGAAGUGGCAAUAAUAUCACAGUAGAUCAAGAGGCAUCAGAAACAGCAGCAUCUACACCUUGCGUUCAACCAGAGACAGUGAUGGAACAUUCUGGAGAAUCAGAGACUCCACAGGACUCCAACCAGACACAGGAUGAAAACGUAGAGGUUAACAAAAUCUCCACACCUGAGCAUGGAGAACCUGAUAGAACCAGUGGAUCUAGCAAUCCAGAGCCUCCACAGCCAGACAACAAGGAAGAGGAAGUGGAAACUGAGAUAAAUAUUACAACAGAGUCAAGCCUGGUGAAACAAGGCUCAAACCCAAACCCACAGCUCCGCCUUCGCAGGUCCUCCAGCUCCCACACCUCCUAUCCCACAAUCCUCUCUGAGGACACUUUCAAGGACCCGCAGCAAUGUGUCAAACCAGAGUCAUGCCCCCAAACCACAAAGGAGGACGAGUCAAACAUCACACAGCCAACACAGACACAAAGCUCCAAACUGGAGGAUCCACAGAAACCACAGACACAAGUUUUCUCGACACAAUCAAAGUCAGACAAACCCAAACGCAGGGGUCUGUUUCACCGGCUCAGGGCUGACACGCCUUCCAAAUCCACCAUCCCCAAAAUCGUCAUCCAGGACUUCAGUGAGGUGGAGGAGAAGCUGAGCUCUAAAGAGAGGAGGCGGCGGAGGAGGAUGCAGGAGAGGAAAGAAAAGGAGGAGGAGAAGGAGAGGAAGAAGCUAGAGAAAGAGCUGGAGAAGGAAAAGGAGAGGGAGAGGAAAAAGCCUCAGACAAGAGGGAAGAGUUUUCAGGUGCCCAGUAGAAAGCAAGAUGAUUAUGACGAUGUUUUCUCUGGUAGGAGCAGCUCCCAGACGAUAGGACAUAACAGGAACUCUGAGAGUUACUUCUGACUGAAGAGCACACUGACAUUUCUCAGCAUUUUUAGCUAAAUGGAUUGUAGUAUGAUUAAUUCAUUUUGCAUCAGAGCAAAAUCAUCCUCAAAACGAGAACAGCCCCAUCCUGAUAUUGAAAAAUGCUUUGUGCUAAAUAUUACCGAGCAAGAAGAUUGUAAAGAACACUGGCAAUCAAUGUUACCCAAAACUGGGAAAGCUUCAAACAACAUUUAUCCCAAACCCCAACCUUAGUCUAUGUGAACGCCAAGUAGAGCUGAGCUUCUUGACGGAAAUGUAAAUCAUAGCAUGUUAUAAUAAUAAUGAUGAUGAUGAUGAUGAUGAUGAUGAAGUAAUAGUUUCACACUGCUUUAUAGAGAAAUGCUUGUAAAACUCUCUUCUUUUCAAAGCAGCUGUUAACGCCUGUGUAUAUACAUUUGAUAAUUAAAGCAAAAUGUGCUGAUUUUGCUAUUUUAAUGCUUUAAUAUAUCGUCUACCUUUGAAUCAGAAAUGAAUUCCAAAGCUGAAAGAUAUGCAAGUUUUAUCAGCAAAGUGUAGUUAGUUACACAAGGAAAAAACAUCACAGUGCAUACUGUUAUGGGAAAUUAAUCAACACUGGGAUAGUGUGGAUUAUUUUUCUUUAACACCAAAUGUGUCUUGCUUUUUAUCCGUUUAUAAUUAAUGUAUAAAUAGUUGUUUCAUCACCAACCUUCCCUAAAUUAAUAUGGCCAAAAAAAAAAUAAAAACACUGCUUGUCAUGUUACCGAGAAACCGGAAACCAGCGUAAAGUCCUCCAUCCUGCACACUUUCACACUGAGGAAAAAUGUAACAAAGUGCUGACACUGGAGACUCCUUCCAUGAAUGUUAAAUAAACAUCACCUUACAGAAGGCUUCACAA